UUUAUAAUAUAUUGUGUUGCGUGUAACCUUCAAGGUUUUUCUUUAUAUCGUUAUGUGCUCAAGUUUAUCCACUAUUUUUGUAUCUUACUAAUUUUCGUUGUUCAGCUCUACUCGUUAGUGGUUAUUCGUUCGUUUUGUAUUUCUAAGCUGUGCAAGUCUGAAUCUGCCUGUAUUUGUCGUAUAUAAAACAUGAGUGUGUUUGUCAAAUUAUGUAUGAAUGCAAUGACUGCACAUAUGUUCGGCCGCAAAUGAACUUGAAGCAAAAUGUGGAAAGUGGUGGUGCGAGAGUGGCGCAAGUUUCAGCCAGAAAUUUUGGUUCUGAAAAUCUGAUAGUAAAUAGUUGGCACAGGAGGAAAAAUAUCUAAGUUUUAUUUAAAUUGGUACCAGAGAAUUAAAUGAGAGAAAGGAUUAAAUUAUUAACCGUUCCAAUUAAAACAAAUACAGAAAGAAAGUGGGAAAGAUUGUUUUAAAUUCAAUUUGCAACAUUGAUUUAAUUUAAUUAAAAGAAAAACAAAAUUAACAACAACGGCAACUUUUUGGAAAAUUUGCGGGAAUCCAUGAAUAUUAUCACCAUAAAACGACAAACAACUGAAACUUCAUAUACUUGUUAUAAACAGGUGCACGAUAAACGGAUCGAAUAAGCGUUAUACUAUAAUAUAUUAAAGUUAUGUAAGUACCUGCGGUACGAAUACGGGUCCCUAGAGCGCUGGUCGUUUAAAAUUGUUAAAUAGAUUAACGGAAAAUAAGUGGAGAUUCUAUAUAUGCAAUAUAUAUAUAUAUAUAUAUAUAUAUAUCAGGAAAAAGUGCUUUCUUGAAAGUCAGAGGAGACGACACCAAUAAUUAAAGAUACAUAUGUGCACACAUAUGCACACAAAAAUCGCCAGAAGCAACAUUUAAAACAUUUUUUACAACAAUAACAUGUCUGACCUUGGUAGUGGCGACGAAGGCAUUUCUGGCUCAAAAUACAAUGCAAGCGGUAUGGAGGGCACUAGUGGAAGAAGUGACUUCGAUUCGGCAGGCAAAGCCCAAGCGGGUGCACAGCAAGGCGAACAAGAAUUGGCAACAAAAAUGUUACAAAUACAAUCGAAACGCUUUUAUUUGGAUGUGAAACAAAAUAGACGUGGGCGAUUUAUCAAAGUCGCAGAGAUUGGCGCAGAUGGCAGACGUAGUCAAGUUUAUCUGGCUUUAUCGACUGCCGCUGAAUUUCGUGAUCACCUUUCAACAUUUAGCGAUUAUUAUGCUUCUCUGGUCAAAUUCGCAGGGCCACCAAAUCCAGAUAAUCUACCUGAGGAUGGAAAAUUAAAAUCGGAGAUGAUGAUCAAAGAUAAUAGACGAUAUUAUUUAGAUUUAAAAGAAAAUGCGCGUGGACGAUUCUUACGAGUAUCGCAGACUAUAACAAGAGGUGGUCCAAGGUCACAAAUAGCUAUACCAGCUCAAGGCAUGAUCGAGUUUCGCGAUGCGCUCACAGAUUUACUUGAGGAGUUUGGUACUAAUGACGGCGGAUUUAAAGGUGAUUUACCAGAAGAACGCCACAUGAAGGUGGACAAUAAAAAUUUUUACUUUGAUAUUGGACAAAAUAAUCGUGGGGUUUAUAUGCGCAUAAGUGAGGUGAAAAGUAAUUUUCGUACUGCUAUAACUGUGCCAGAGAAAUGCUGGCUGCGCUUUCGUGACAUUUUUAAUGACUAUUGCGAUAAAAUGAAGAAAUCGUCCGACACAUCGUCUAUCACUGCCGAUAAUAAUAUUCAAACCCCUGCUAACAGUCUAAAAUAAAAUUUACAGAAUGUAAUUAAAAAAUAAUUUCGGAAGUUAUACAUUGGAAAAGAAAAUUAAAUAAUAUUAAUAAAAAAUACCAACGCUAAUUCAACAAAAACUAGAACCAACAAAAGAAAUGUUGAUAGAUAUAUUUUAUUAAAAUGCAUACUUAUUAAAACAAAUCUUAUUUCGUGUUGUAAUUAAAACUGAAGAAGAGAAAACUAGUUACUACUAUACAUGUUAGAUCAAUAAUAUAAAGAAGUACGUUGUUACGUAGAUGCUUCUCAAUGAAACACAUACAGAGAUCUAUAUUUUAAGAAUAAUAAUUAUGCUUUCAGUUUUUGCUGUAAAUGAAACAAUCCAGUUAGUCAGCGUUUCUUUUAAUUAUUAUUUAGAUAUCAAAUACUAUUAAGAUUUUAUUUUUAUUUUUCGAUAAAAUUCUUUGCUAUUUGUAAAAAAUUUUUGACGUUAGCUUGCAGGGACAUAUAUAGAAUAAGGAAACUGCAUGUAGUUCCAAAUAGUAACUAAAGUCUACUGCGUGCAGCAGAUAUAUGACCUAAUUUUCUUCAUAAUCAUUGAUUAAUAUUCAUAUUUAUAUACACGUCUUAAAAGAAAAUAACGUAAUAGGUUAAAAAAUGUUAUUAUACUAUUAUGAUAUACUUAAAACAUGCAAAUCCAUAAAAAUUAGAUGAAAUAUUUUUGGUAACAAUAAAGUUAAAACUAAAAUAUUCAAUGGUAAUAAUAAAACAAUGUUGUAAAAGAAGCAUAAAGAGAAAAUAUUAUAUUAAAAAUUAUAAAACGAUAGAUUUAAAAUACAGUGAUAAUAUUAUAUCAAAAAAUAUUAUUUAGAUUUUUUGUUAUCUCUAACUUUUUGAAACCAUAAUUGUUGAAAUGUAAUGUAAUACCAAAAAAAAAACACAGAAUUUAAUUCUCAAUGUGUAAAAAAUAUGUUUUAAAUUAUGUUAAGUAAUAUUGUUGAUUUAAAAUUCUUAAGAAUUGAGAAAUAAAAAUUAAUUAAUACAACCGGAAAAUCUGUGAAUGCUGCACCAUUAAUAAUAUUGUAUUAUAUGCAAAUAUAAAAAGAUGUUAAAUAACUAAUUGAUUAAACAAUUAGUGGAAAUAAUUUAAAGCUGAAAUAAUAAUAAAAUGAAAUUUAAUGUGUAACUAGUAAAUGUUAAGGUCAAUAAUAAAUGUCAAAAAACGAAAUUUCAGAGCAAACAAAUAAAGUAAAUAGAAAAUUUUGUUAAACCGUGAAAUAAAGCAUUUCCGUGCUAUUUCCAAUAAAAAUUUUAAUUAAACUGUUAUUAAAACUUAAACUAACAAUUACGAGCGUGUAUAUCAGAGUAUACACCGCAAAACGGGUACAUAAUGCCCUUAAUACUUGUGCAGUAAAAGAUUAGAGGAAAUAUAUUACCACUUCUAUUUACCCAA